AUGGCGGUCUUAAACAACGUUCGAAACGGUGCUUUAGCUAUCAAAUUUCCAAAAGAGAUCACUAAAGUUGAGCUUUCAUUCGCUCGCGACAGCAAAAACGGUCAUAUGGGCUCUAGGAAAUUUUGUUUUAAUGACCUUCCUUCUCUUUAUUAUCACAAUUACAAAGUAAAGUUUGAUAUAAAACGGCACACUGAAAACUCAGAAAGUCCAGUGUUUCGUCUAUUUAAAGGCAAUACAUGUGUUUACUCUCUAGAUCUACAGAACAAACGAUCCGACGACAUUACCGUUCAGGUAAGGAAUGCUAUUCAAUCUCUGAAACAAACUACCGUUUCAAAAAGAAGUGAUGAUGCAAUGUAG